AUGGGGAAGGAUAAGUCACCAGGACCGGAUGGCAUGAAUCCGGGCUUCUAUCAGGCUUUCUGGGAUCUUGUUGGUAAGGAUGUUACUGAUUUUGUGCUUAAUUGUUUAUCUCAAUCAUCCUUCCCCCUAGAGUUGAAUGAUGCGAAUAUUGUAUUAAUUCCUAAAAAGGCAGCCCUUGAGUUUGUUGCGGAUCUCAGGCCUAUUGCUUUGUGUAAUGUGGUAUAUAAAGUAAUGGCUAAGAUGAUUGCUAAUCGUAUGAAGCCGUUGCUUGAUAAUAUUAUUUCGGAGUCGCAGAGUGUUUUUUUGCCUGGCAGGCUUAUCUCGGACAAUAUUCUCAUUGCGUCUGAGGUUGGCCAUUAUUUACGAAAGAAACAGCUAGGGCAGGUAGGGUGGGCGGCCCUUAAAUUAGAUAUGGCUAAGGCCUAUGAUCGAAUGGAGUGGUCUUUCGUGGAGCGUAUGUUGUUGGGACUGGGUUUUGAUGAAAAAUGGGUCGGUCUUAUUAUGCUCUGUGUACGGUCUGUUAGGUACAGGGUGUUGGUAAAUGGGAAGCCGAGCAAUGAAAUAAUUCCAUCUAGGGGGCUAAGGCAAGGAGAUCCAUUAUCUCCGUAUCUCUUUAUUAUAUGUGCAGAAGGCUUGUCUCUAUUAUUGCAGGAUGCUCAGGCAAAAGGACGGAUGCAUGGUUGCAGGGUAGCUCGUGGAGCCCCAUCGAUUUCGCAUCUUUUCUUUGCGGAUGAUAGUCUUCUGUUUUUUAAGGCUAAUAUGCAGGAAACUAUGGAGGUGAAACGUUGUUUAGCGGUUUAUGAGGAAUUUUCAGGGCAAUCUGUUAAUUUCCAUAAAUCCAAUAUCUCAUUUAGCCGUAAUACUGCCUUGGGGGUCAGGAAUGAUAUUGCUAGUGAGCUAGGAGUUGAGCAAGCAGAGGAUUUUGGGAAAUAUCUGGGUCUCCCCUCAGUCAUUGGAAGAAACAGGAAAGUGGUUUUCUCGUAUAUUGAGCAGAAGUUAAAACAGAGGUUUGGCUCCUGGAAUAAGAGACUGUUAUCUAUGGCAGGUAAAGAGGUGUUGCUGAAAAGUGUGGCACAGGCAAUGCCGACCUACACUAUGAGUAUAUAUCUGUUACCUAUGACUUUAUGUGUCUCACUGGAAAGGCUCAUGAAUAGAUACUGGUGGGGUAAGAGUAAUGUGGUAGAUGGCAUUCACUGGUUGGCAUGGGACAAGAUGUGUGUACCCAAGAAGUAUGGAGGUAUGGGUUUUAAAAGGCUGCAUGAAUUUAAUUUGGCUCUUCUAGGAAAGCAUGGGUGGAGAUUGUUGACUAGCCCGGACUCUUUAGUGGCAAGGAUCUUUAAAGCAAGGUAUUUUCCUAACACUGCUUUUUAUGAGGCCACACUUGGUGGUAAUCCAAGUUAUGUGUGGAGAAGCAUAAUGGCCAGCCAGGACCUUGUUCGUAGUGGCUGUAGGCGGAGAGUUGGCAAUGGAAGAAUGACUAAAGUCUGGGACCACCCCUGGUUGCCUGACCCUCAUGACCCGUUUGUUCACUCAGAUCAGCCUACGCAACUUCCUGAUUUGAUGGUGGCUGACUUGAUAGAUCAUGACCAGGGGAUUUGGAAACAGGAUUUAAUUUUGCAAUUAUUUAUUCCCAGGGAUGCUAAUUUGAUUCUACAGACCCCCGUAUGUGUGGACUUUAAAGAUGAUUGGUACUGGUCGGGAGACAUUAGGGGAAUAUAUACGGUUAAAAAUGGUUAUAAGCAGCUUGGAGAGAUUAAUGGCCCUUGCGAUGCUUUAUGGAACAACAUUUGGAAAUUACAGGUUCCUCCAAAAUGGAGGAUUUUUCUAUGGAGAGCCAUUACUAAUAUUUUGCCAACAAUUACUAAUUUAAUUAGAAGAAGGGUGGAGAUCCAAAAUGUGUGCCCUGCUUGUGGGUUUCUUGAAGAGGAUGUUAUGCACAUUUUAUGCAACUGUGUUUAUGCUAGACAUGUGUGGAAUAUUUCACAACUCCAAAUCCCUAACUUUGAUGAUCAUGAUUUUAUGCAGUGGGUGGAGCUUUGUCUUGGGAACUCAGCAAUAUCUGCUGGUUUUCUAAAAGAACAAAUAUGUGGAAUACUCUACGAAUUAUGGAAGGCCCGGAACAUGGCGGUUUGGGAUUUUGCUUUGCCUAUCCCGACGCAGCUAUGUGCCUCCUCUCAUCGUGCCUGGGCCGCAUGGAGCAGCUCCAAUGCCCUCGGCAGUCCGACGCGGAGUACAAGCACGCAGGCUGCUCUGCCACAACUGCCGCAUGGAGUACUGCAUUCCCGACAGCACCAAGCAGCCGCAUCCCUCCCCCAGGACGCUGUGAUAUGUAGUACGGAUGCGGGGUUUUAUGGACCCCAGCACGCCCCAACUUUCGGCUUCUAUGUACGUAGUCCGGAAGGUGUUUUUAUAGCAGCAGUAAAUGACCCUAUCACUUGUCCAUAUGAUACCCUCCUAGCUGAAGCUAUGGCAAUACGUGAGGCUCUCUCAUGGCUACACGACCACAAUUAUCAUAACAUUGUUAUCUUGACAGACUGCGCUGUUCUAGUGGAUAGCUUUCGGGACAUCAAUUCUUAUCGUUCGUAUCUUGGCAUUGUUUUAGAUUCAUGUUUACGGUUGUUUAACUCUUUCCCAGUUCAUUCAAUUCAGUUUGUACGCAGAGGCACCAAUCUGGUGGCUCAUGCCUUAGCUAAACAUGUAAGGGCGGUUCAUGAACGUUCAGUAUGGACCGAGUCCCUCCCAUCUUUUAUUCCUUUGGAAUUAAGUUAA